AUGAAUUUAAACGAAAAAGAUUGCUCGGAUGAUAAUAAAAAUAAAUCAUUUGUUAUCAUUAAUCAAAAAGGUAUUGAUUCAUUAUCAUUUAAUGUAUUAACGAAAGAUGGAAUCUUGGCAUUAAGACGUGCUAAACAUCGAAAUAUGGAACGUUUGACUUUAACAUAUGAUGAUGGAGCUAUGAAUUUGCUUGAAAAUUUAACAAAAGAAUAUUUUGGCUUUGCUGAAGAUAGUGAAGAAAAAUUUACUUUUGUCGAAGGUUAUAAAAAUCCCAAAUCAGUAACAAUUUUACUCAAAGGUUCAACAAAAUAUUUAUUAAAUCAAUUGAAAGAUAUUCUUUAUUUAUCAGUUGUUUAUGUGAAACACGAUCUAAAGAGAGUGGGACGUUAUGUUCUACAUCUUAAUCCUACAACGAUUGCACUAAUAGCUUUUUGUUUAGGUUGUAUUAUUCCUAGUGAUGAUGCUUUUGAAAUAGUUACUCAUCAAGUACUUACUCAAUAUAAGAAACAAGUAAAAGAUCGUGCACGUUUAGGUGUUCAAACAUUUGCUGAAUCAUUAUUAAUUAUUCCAAAGGCUAUUACUCAAAAUACUGGACAUAAUCAACAAGAAACAAUUGUUAAAUUUCAAUAA